GCUCAGCUCCUCUGCCCUGAUCCUCCACUGCGCCCCGUAGCGCAUCAGCAUCAGCAUCAGCGCGCGCGCAAGUGAGAAAGAGAGAGAGAGAGAGAGAGAGAGAGAGAGAGAGAGGGAGAGAGAGAGAGAGAGAGAGAGAGAGAGACACCCCCGUCGCGCGCCCGGGUUUCUUCAAUCUGGAGCAUCAGAUGGCAGCGCUGCAUCUUUCGUCCCUAGGAUUUUUCUAACCGGUGUGAGCGCGCGACUUUUCUUUCUUUUUUUCUUUCUUCCUUUGUUAUUCUUUUGUAAAUCCCUUCAGCUUUAUAAAGCACCGAUUCCUGGUCUCCCGAGGAUGCACAUCGUGUUAGAGACGCGCACUCUUCCACUCCGUCCAGCUUCAUCUCAUUCCGUACGGAUAAAUGAAUUCCCUCCGGUUACCGUGUCGUGCUCCGGGAUAUAAAACCUGACAAGUUGAACACUCCGUUCUCUUGAAGCUUUUGAACACGGCAAGGAAACAUCGCGUGCCUAUGCGUCCUGUUCUAUUCUCUAGGAGGAGCGAUGAACGUUGCUCGGUCUGCGUGACCUCCCCACCGGAGUGCUUUGUCUCGUGGAGUAGGCGAAACGGCGCGAGCGUUACGUUGCCUCUUUUCCACACGCACGUAUGCUAUUUUGCCGCACAAAACAAUUUGACCAACUCGAAAACAAGUCUUGGGCAUUUUUACAGAUCUAACCUGUCAUCCCGUGUGGGAGAAUAACACUGACAUUUCAGGGCUCGUGAACAAACAGACUUUGGAAAGGUGUAAAAAGGGCGCACGAGCUGUUUAACUCCACCGGCUGGAUAUUAUUGUUGAGAGCAAACGCAGGAACGUGUGGUGAGUGAUAGAUAUUAAGGCAUGACAUCAACAGGAGUGAGAGAUUAAAUUAUUCAAGUCAGCCUGGUGAUUUUGGUAGGAGUUUUGGUGUGUGGCGCAAGUCCAGUGGAGCAGCCCGGAGUUCCGGAGCAUCAUGGGCUGCUGCAGUGGUCGCUGUACACUGGCCUUCAUCUGCGGCAUGCAGCUGAUUAGCAUUUUGGAACGGCAAAUAUUUGACUUUCUUGGUUACCAGUGGGCGCCGAUCCUCACAAACUUCAUCCACAUCAUCACAGUGAUUCUGGGCCUGUUCGGGACGGUGCAGUUCAGGCCAAGAUACGUCACCGGGUAUGCAGUCUGGCUGGUGCUCUGGGUCACCUGGAACAUCUUUGUCAUCUGCUUCUACCUGGAAGUGGGUGACCUUUCCAAGGACACAGACUUGAUCAUGACCUUUAAUAUUUCCAUGCAUCGCUCCUGGUGGAUGGAGAACGGUCCUGGGUGUAGGGUGACCCCCGUGACUCCCCCACCCUCCUGGGCUCCUGAAGACCACCGCUACAUCAGCAUAGCCGGCUGCGUGCUGGAGUACCAGUAUGUGGAGGUGGCGCACAGUUCCCUGCAGAUCAUCCUGGCUCUGGCUGGGUUCAUCUACGCCUGUUACGUGGUGAAACUCAUUUCAGAAGAGGAAGACAGCUUUGACUUUAUAGGUGGCUUCGACUCCUACGGGUACCAAGGACCACAGAAGACAUCUCAUUUGCAACUGCAACCAAUGUAUAUGUCAAAGUAACAAGGACAAACUGCCUUAUGAAAUGAUGAACUUCUGUCUCAACCUUUCGUCUUUUUACGUAAAUGUCUUAAUAUGAUAGUGUCUUAAGAACCAUUGGAGGAACGCAAGAUGUGGCACUUUAACCAGUCAACAAAUCUAGAACACUAGAGCCAAGGCAUUGGAUUUUCUCAGAUUGAAGCAUCGUGUCUGGCUGGAUUAAGCAAGAGCAAGAGCGCCACCAUGUGGCAGAAACUGCAGAAACACAACACAGUGGGGUUCGAGAUAAAAAAAGAAAAGAAAAAAGAAAAGAAAAGGCUGCAUUCAUCUCUGUGGACAUCAACACGAGGGAUGGAACCAGAAGACGAAAGAGUGCUGCGUUCUUAUAGACUCCAUUAGAAAAAAAACUCACUUACCGAAUGUUUCAUAACAGGUCCGAAUUGGCUCUAGAUAUCUGAUGUAGUGCUUGAGUGGUUAAUAGAGUAACUUAAGGAGAAUUAUACAUACGUGUUUACAUAUGGUUAUUCCAGUUGUUGGAAUACCAUUACUAGGUUGUCCUGAUGUCUGAUUACUGUACUCUGAACAUGUUUUUAAUCUGUAUUAUGGAUGUUUUCAUCUUGAAAGUGCCAAGAACAGUUCCAACAAACCCAAAACUGCCCAGAGACUUUCAACAGCAGUCAAAAAUAAGAGUAAUAAUAAUAAUAAUAAUAAUAAUAAUAAUAAUAAUAAUAAUAAUUCACCUAGUAAUUUCAUCGGUUGGAUGUGGUUCGCAGGUCAGCUGUGUUUGUUGCAUGAAGUGUCAUGUUGAAUAGCAUAUUUAAUUUGGAUCGACGGCAGGAACUAGCAGAGCUUUCUUUUAGAACAAAAAAGAUUCUGUGAAUACGAAUAUUGUGCUUUCUAAGACGCUGUUCAGUCUCGUGAAGAAGAAAACAAAGCGAAAACUAAACCUUCUUCCUACCUAUUCUAUUUUUUUUAUUAUUAUUAUUAUUCUUUGUUUUAUUUCUAACAUGUGUGGCAGUGUUCAAUCUUUUUCUAGUAGACUAAUCAAUUGUUUUAUGGGAGGGCCGUUCUGAUAAACUGUAUAUAGACGUUUGGAGAGGGGAGUAAAAGAGAAAAAAAACGAGGAAGCUGCAUUUAGUAGUGUGAUGUGAGAAGAGUGUGUGGUAGAGUUUGUGCUGUGGCCAAAUGUGCUUAUAUGUGUGUGUGUGUGUGUGUGUGUGUGUGUGUGUGUGUGUGUGUGUGUGUGUGUGUGUGUGUGUGUGUGUGUGUGUGUGUAGAUUCACCAUCGCAGGAACCCAUGAGGAGCCCUAAAAGCAGAUGUGCUUUCUCUGCAGAAUUGUUCCUUUGAUGUCACAGAGCUAACAACAUUAGUUGUAGUCCAUUAACACACCACACACACGACAGACAAAUCAUUUAUAACAUGCAGCCAUUCGCGUCUUUUACCUCCCGAGCGACCUGAAUGGCCUUUUGUGGAAAUACUCUGAACCAUGCUUGUACGGGAAAACAAAAGAAACCAAGUUCCUCAUUUAAAACUGCACUUUCACUCCCUAAUUAUAUUUCAAUAUCUUUUAUUGAGUCUGGAAUGAUACAUGAACGUAAGGAUCAUCAUUUAGGUCUCACGAAUGAAACCACAUCCCCUAUAAAUAAUGUGUGUUUUCUGCGUGUAAUCACACACCUUUUGUUAAACUUAUAAAGCAGACGUCUCCGUGGUCAGAGAAAACUUUUCAACGUGAUACGGAUAAAGUCUUUUACUGAGAAGUGCAUAACGCUCCACUCCAAUUAAUAACACUUUGCCUCCUGCUGACAAGCCGAAAUGAGCCUUUUUUCAUCACUUCCCUCAUGAAUUGCACUGAAGCUUUGAUGAUUAAUCAAGAUAUUGCAACAGAGCCAUUUUUCAGUCUUUAUUGGCUAAUAAUUCCCUACAGUCAUUGCUCUUUGGUUAUAGACGCACAGGAUGAAUAUGAAUACGCCAGACGAUAUUGUGAAUUUACGCCAUAAAAAGAGAACACAGCGUGUACUACAUCUGUCUUUGUAAUUUGGCUUUGGAUAUGAAAUAUUAGAGCGACAAAGGGUAAGCGGUGUGCAAUUGACUCGCAAAAACAGAACUCGCAAGAUUCAAUAGUUUAUUACUCCGUGUUUAUCAAAUCAGCUUGACUGCAACACCAGUUCUUUCUACUCAAAGACCUGUGUAAAUAUACUGCAUCUCUAUUCCAGACAUGGUGCUUGAUCAACCCUAACAACGGCGAUCACGCCGUCUCUCACUCUGCCAGCUGGUGAGAGGUUUACAGGAUUGUCUAGAUGUACAAUUUGAUGUCACCGGUUUAAAUGCGAGACUGGGAGACCAUUGUGAAUGAUGAUGCUACUUCUUGGUUUUUAUUUUAUAUACAUACAGUAGAUAUGACACCAUUCUGAUGAGCUUUAUAUACUGUA